UCCCAGCCGAAGCUAUCCCACAUUAGGCCCAUGAUAAGGCCGAUAUCGUUGCAGUUUCAGUCGCACCUUAUCCCGGGAAACUGAGCGCUCGGAGGAAGCCGCCGCCGCCGCCGCCGUCCAGGGAGACAAAAAUGGAGGUGGGCUUGCGGCUACGCGCUCUCGCCCACAGCCGCGCGGCAUUCGCCGGAUUUUCAGCGGCCGCGCACGGCUGCAGGCAUCGCCAACCGCGCCGCGUAGCCUCUUCAUCUGCCUCCUGUUCCCUUGCAGUUGCUUCCAGCGGCAAUGGAGCCGCGGCUGGACCCGUGGGGAGCGGCGUGGAGGUCGCGCGCGCCAAGAGGAUGCUCCAUGUGGUGCUGGUUUCCCCUCUGAUCCCAGGAAAUACAGGAUCAAUUGCAAGGACUUGUGCAGCGUCAGCAGUUGGCCUCCAUCUUGUCGGGCCAUUGGGUUUUCAUGUAGAUGACACAAAACUUAAGCGUGCUGGAUUGGAUUAUUGGCCAUAUGUUGUCGUUAAGAUUCAUGACUCCUGGGAUGAGUUCCGAGAUUAUUUCAUGAAGCAGGAUGGGCAAAAAAGAUUGUUGGCAUUUACCAAAAGAGGCACCCACAUUCAUUCAGAUUUCUCAUAUAAGCCUGGGGACUGGCUAGUAUUCGGGUCCGAGACAAAAGGGCUACCGGAGUCCGCCCUGAAAGACUGCUCCGGGGAAGCCCUAGGUGGUGGAACCAUCCGAAUUCCGAUGGUGGAAACCUAUGUCCGGUGCCUGAACCUCUCGGUGAGCGUUGGAGUAGCAUUGUACGAAGCAGCGAGGCAGCUGAACUACGAGCAGCUCCAGUACCAACCUGAUCUCCCGGAGGAAGCGCAAGGACUGUUCCCAGCAGAGGAUAUUUAUGGAUGAAAUCACUUUACCUGAGAAUCAAUCGACGAAACUCUGCUGCUUUCAAACUGAAACACAUCAAGAGUUUCUUCAGCUGUAUGCCCGGUGCCUGGUAAUUUUGUUAGCAUUUGAUCCGGGUGUUCUCUUUUUGCUUGCAUUCUCAACCAAAAUGUGCACUGGACUGUCCAGAGACCAAUUGGAUGUAUACACUUUUGGGGGUCAGGAGGUAAUUAGACAUGACAAGAAACAA